AUGUCCCUAACGCUGCUGAGCAGCACAUUCUGUAAGCAAUGCCAACAAUAUUUCGCCAGCAGCUACGCCUUGAUCGCACAUUUUGAGAUUAUCCAUCUGCCCGAUGUCAUCGCAGCAGAGCGACGGCGCGAAGAGCAAGGCCCUGCUGUCGCACGCGCUAGUUUGCCGCUGUCCUAUUAUUGCCGAGUUUUUCCGGAAGACGAGCCGGCACCCCAGCCCGUUGCUCCUCCCCUGAGGACGAAGCUACCGUUUCUGUUUAAUCGAAAACGAAACAUACAAGGUCAUCUAACGGAAAUGUACCAGAUGCCGGUCGUCGGACGGCGUACGGAAGACGCACAAAAUUACACCGAAGAUGAGGACAGCAACAUGUCCGAGAUUGACCUUGACGAAGCGGAUCCGAGCGAUCCAAACAUAUCCGUGCGCUACAAAUGUCAAAUUCCAUCGUGCGGCAAGCAGUACAAAAACGUGCACGGCGUCCGGCAUCACAUGCUGUCCACGCACGGCGAUCAGAGGAAUCCCCAGCAGGUCAUCGUGCAUCCGGAGCAUAUACCGGCGAACAAGAAUGGGCGGCCAUUCAAAUGCCCACAUUGCUCGAAGCGCUAUAAAUCGCCACAGGGGUUGAGCCAACAUCUGAGCAAAGAGCAUAUGCGGAUGGACAAUGGCGGAAGUGGUUCUAUCUCGGCCCCGAUGUCGCCUACUCCAAUUCUCGAACAGAAACUAGCGCAAGGAAUGCGUCCCAUCGCCAGCCAACCACAUCUGAUGGGCAUGGCGCAAGGAAAUCACCAAAUGCGCCAACUCCCUGUCGGCAACAUGGAGAUGCAAGGCCAGGGCACCUAUCACCAGAUUCCGGAAUAUCAGGCCGAUCAGCCAACGGGAGCCGUCCUCCAGGCGCGCCUGCAGCGACCUACAGUAUGUGCAAAAUUUAUUCUCAAACGGGUACUCGUAUCAAUCUGGACAAGU